AUGCCAUCCAAAACUUCGGUCCCUCAACGUCGAAGCCACGAGGAUUCCGACGAGGAUGACUCCGACUCAUCCCACCCCACCUCAGGUCCCAACAUCAAGCGCCAACGCCUGAGCCCUACGGAGGAAGCCAGUGAGGAGGACGAAAGUGGAAACACUGAGGCCAGCGAGGGGGCCAAUGAUAGUAAUGACGAUGACGACGACGACGACGAAGAUGACGACAACCAGAGCGAAACAAGUGAGGACAUGGAUGCUGCAGGCGCAAGAGCUAUCGCUCAGCAGCCAGUCGUUGACCAUGGACUCGGCCCGGGAGGUUACAAGCCGGGUGCAAUUGUGCGCAUCAAGGUGACCAACUUUGUGACCUACGCCUCGGCAGAGUUCUUCCCUGGUCCCAAGUUAAACAUGGUCAUUGGGCCCAACGGUACGGGCAAGAGUACCUUGGUCUGCGCUAUUUGUCUGGGUCUCGGAUGGGGUCCUCAGCACCUCGGACGCGCAAAAGACGUCGGCGAAUUCGUCAAACAUGGCUGUUCAGAAGCUAAAAUCGAGAUCGAGCUUGCUGGACGACCAAAACUGUCCUUCAACCCGGUGAUCACCCGCACAAUCAAACGCGACGGAAACAAAAAUGUAUACACCUUGAACAGGGCCCCCUCUGGAUGGAAGGAAGUCCGCAAGCUAGCACAAUCAUUUGCGAUCCAGGUCGACAACCUGUGCCAGUUCCUGCCUCAAGACAAAGUCUCCGAGUUUGCAGCUUUGUCACCCAUCGAACUUCUUCACUCUACACAGCGAGCAGUAGCUGGGCCGGAGAUGGUAGAAUGGCACAACGGCCUCAAGACUUAUCGCAGCGAGCAAAAGCAAGUCGAGAUAGACAGUCGCGCGGACCGGGAAAUGUUGAAAAAUCUCGAGGACCGACAGGAAAGCCAGCGAGAGGUCGUGCUAAGGAUGCGCGAGCGAGAUGUCAUCAAGUACAAGAUGGAACUCCUUGAAUUCAUACGCCCCGUAGUCGAAUACAGAGACUACCACGCUGAGUUCCUAGCGCUGAAAGAAAGGAAGGCCGCUAUUGACCAGGCCUAUGAUCGACUUAAGCUGGAAGUCGAACCCGCGUUGCGAUCUAUCAAAGCGAAGCAAGAAUAUUCCGAACAAAUCACCGCUGCGAAACAGUAUCGCAAGGAGCAGGUGGAGAAGUUGUCAAGGAUAGCUGAAACGCGCGGGAAGAAGAUCGAAGACUUGAAAGGCUCUAUCAAAGCACUGGAUAACGAUAUCGAGGCAGAACGAAAGUCUGGCCAAAAGCACAAACAAGAGGCCACAAAUGCCUCGCAAACCAUCGCUCGACUGAAAAGGGAGUACGAGGAAGAACCUGUGGAAUUUGAUCCAGACCACUACAAUGAACGGCUGAGAGAGAAACGCCUUGAAAGGCGUGAGCUUGACACCAAGGUAGAAGAAUUGAAAGCACGGAGGACCCCAAUGGUCGAGCGAGGGAAGGCUCUGAAGUCAAAAAUCGAGGAAUCUGAGCAACAACUGGAACACUUAGAUUCAGCGAUCGGAAAACAAGAGUUGAAGUUGAAAAUGGUGUCAAACGACUCUCUGAGACUCUACCACUGGAUUCUCAAGAAUCAAGACAAAUUCGAACACGAAGUCUUCGGGCCUCCCAUGGUGACCUGCUCUGUGCCUGAUCCAAAGUAUGCCGAUGUCAUUGAAUCCCUUUUCCAUAAGUCCGAUUAUACGGUUUUCACAGUGCAGAGCAGGAACGACUUCCGCACGCUUCAGAGGAAUGUCGCCGAACAGAAGCUUGCCGAUAUCAGUAUUAAAACAUGUUCCCAACCACUUGGCCACUUUACCGCGCCUGACUUCGAUAUUCAAAGUCUUGGAUUUGACGGAUGGGCCAAUGAUUUUCUGACCGGGCCCGAUCCAGUUAUUGCCAUGCUUUGUAUGGAGAAUCGGCUGAACCAAACACCGGUUGGUCUGCGUGAAAUUUCCGAAGCAGCUUUUUCGCAGAUGGAAAACGGCUCUCUCAAUUCCUGGGUAUCUGGCAAGCACAGUUACAACGUCACUCGCCGCCGAGAGUAUGGUCCUGGUGCCCAAUCAACUCGUGUUCGCCAGGUCAAGCCUGCGCAAGCCUGGACAGUAAAGCCAGCUGAUGCAUCUGUCAAGCAACGGCACCUGGAUGAUAUUCGCCAAAGCAGGGAAGAGUUCGCCGAGCUCCAGGCCAAGUUGAAAACAGACAAUGCCGCGGCAGCUGAGGUUACAGCUGAUUACAGGCGAAUUCAAGAUGAAUACGAAAAUAUCGAGAGCGAGAAGUCUGAGAAGCAGACUGCACACACAAAUUGGCGGUCCAUUCCCGAUAGACUUGUCCAGCACGAGCAGAGGCAGAAGACAUUCACCGAUCUUUUCGAAGAAGUAAGAGAACGGGUGUACAGCCACCGAAAUAGGCAGGAUGAAAUCUCCAUCGAAAGGGCUAAGGCUACAAUCGAAUACUCUGAUGCUGUCGAGAAACUUCGCCAAGCCCACGAGGAACUCAUGAAAGCUGAGAUACGACAUCUGGAAGCGAAUUCUGAUCUUCAAACCCUGAAAAUCCGAGAGAGUGAUGUAACGAAUAUGCUCGAGGAGAAACGCCUAGAGUCCGUUCAGGUUUCCGACGAAUACAAAGAAGGAACCAAAAAGGGAAGAAUCAUGCUGGCCAAGGCAAAGCAGACUACCACUGCAAUCAAACAGAAAGAAGGCGGGGGUGAGCUCCUCGAUUCAAUCAGGGAAGAUGGUUAUAACGCAGACCAACUCAAUGCAGACAUUGACUCUAAAAGAGCCGAGCUUGAGUUCACCCAUGGUGGAAACGAGAAUAUGAUCCAAGAGUUUGAGCAACGCGAGCGCCAGAUCGACAAGCUACAGAGCAAACUUGGUGAGCUGAACAAGAAGCUGAGCUACUACAGUGAGGCCAUCAACGACCUCCGCCAAAAAUGGGAGCCAGUGUUGGAUGCCCUCGUCAGCAAAAUCAGUCACGCUUUCUCCGACUCAUUUGCACGCAUUGGCUGUGCUGGCCAAUGCACUUUGGAAAAGGUGAGAACCGAGGCUGGGCCCAACAACGACCCUCCCGCCGAGUAUGAGUAUGAUCAAUGGGCGAUUAAAAUCCACGUCAAGUUCCGCGAAAGCGAAGAGUUGGCACAUUUGGAUGCUUAUCGCCAAUCUGGCGGCGAGCGAGCCGUUAGUACCAUCUUCUACCUGAUGGCUCUGCAAUCGCUCUCAGCCUCUCCAUUCCGCGUCGUCGACGAGAUCAACCAGGGUAUGGACCCUCGAAAUGAGCGUAUGGUGCACGGUCGCUUGGUUGACCUUGCGUGUGCGUCGAGCAUUGGAGAGACAGACGAGACAGGUAAUGUGAUCGGCGGCGGCGGCGGAGGUCAAUACUUCCUCAUCACGCCGAAGCUGCUCAGCGGACUGGUCUACAGGGAAGGUAUGAAGGUGCUCUGUAUCUACAGUGGUGAACACAUGCCCGAGGAUUACACGAAACUGGACUUUGGCCUGGCGAUUCGAAACAGGAAAGCGAUCGUUGCGGAAAGUGGAAGGUCGACUGGCAACGAUCAGGCCCGAGCCAUCGCAAACCAUCACCAAGUGGAAGUUUAUGCCUAG